UGAGCGGUUGAUUUCGCGGGAAUUGUGUCUCCUGCACGUUGACAAGGAAUAAAAUCAGUUAUAUCUGCAAAUAUAACGUAUUACCUGAUUUAAAACGGGCAGCGGUUAAAGCUUGACGUCCCCUCUUUGAAGGACAGCCAUGUUUUCCGACAUGAGCGCCCAGAAGGAGGGCUCCUCUCUGCUCUGCCGCCCUGCCUCCGAGGACCAGGGGCCGGUGUUUGAGAGAGUGUCGCUGGCCUACAGUCCCUGCGCCGAGCGCUACACAGUCAGGGAGCGGAGCUUCAAUCGCCAGUAUGCUCAUAUUUAUGCAGCACGACUCAUGCAGAUGAGGCCCUUGCUGUCAGAGAGAGCCCAGCAGAAGUGGGGAUCAGAUGUGCUCAUCAGGAAGCUGUGUGAUCUUCAGACGGGGGAGCAGUGCUGCAUCGUGGGGACCUUGUUCAAGCGUAUGGAGUUGCAGCCGUCUAUUUUGAAGGAGAUCAGUGAGGAGCACAACCUGCUGCCUCAGCCUGCACGAUCCAAAUACAUCAGUGAAACAGAUGAGCUGAUUCUGGAGGAUGAGCUACAGAGGAUCAAACUGGAGGGCAAAAUCGACAGAGACAAGUGUGUCACAGGUAGUGUUAUUGCAAUAUAUGGAGCUGAGAGGAAUGAUGGGAAGUUCACAGUUGAGGACUUUUGCAUGGCCGAUCUUCCUCCGCAGACACCAAAACCUGCGCUCAGCUCUGACAGGUUCGUCCUCCUGGUCUCAGGACUUGGGCUCGGUAGUAGUCAAGCUGACAGCAUGCUGGGACUACAGCUCCUGGUUGAUAUGGUAACCGGUCAGCUUGGUGAUCAGGGGGAGCAGAGCGGGGCAGCGACAAUUUCCAGGGUCCUACUGGCUGGAAACCUCCUGAGCCAAAGCACCCAGGACAAGGACGCAUCAACAAAGCCCAAGUACCUCACCAAGAAGACUCAGGCUGGCAGCGUGGAGGCCAUCCGUCUGCUGGAUGAGCUGCUGCUUCAGCUGGUGGCUUCAGUACCAGUAGAUGUAAUGCCGGGCCAGUACGACCCAACAAACUACACCCUCCCUCAGCAGCCUCUACACCGCUGUAUGUUCCCGCUGUCUUCGGUGUACCCCACUCUACAGUUGGCUACCAAUCCAUACCAAGCUAACAUUGAUGGAGUGAGGUUCCUGGGCACAUCAGGUCAGAAUGUCUGUGACAUCCAGAAGUACAGCAGCAUGGACAGUCACCUGGAAAUACUGGAGGACACGCUACGACUCAGACACCUGGCCCCGACGGCACCUGAUACUCUUGGUUCUUACCCGUUUUACCAAAAAGACCCUUUCAUCUUGGAGGAGUGUCCCCAUGUUUACUUCAGCGGCAACGCCCCAGGCUUUGAGUCCAAGCUCGUCAAAGGUCCUGAUGGCCAGGAAGUCCUUUUGGUUACUGUUCCAGACUUCAGCAGCACCCAAACAGCAUGCCUGGUCAAUUUACGUAAUCUUGCAUGUGAGCCAGUCAGCUUCUCGGCCUUCUCCGCAGACGAUGAUGACGAAAGUGAGAUGAACAUCAGCCACUGAGGGUCCAAAUCUACAUGCAGUACGACACACUGACACUUCUCGGACACUAAUAAUGAAUAUCCAGACUAAAAUCUCCUGACCAGAGAGGUCACACCAACACGGGGGCCAAGAAUUACACUCAUUGCUACACUGAUGCUGUCCAGUGUCAUUACAGUCAGGGUGUGUCUGUUAAAACUGCCUUAUAAGGUUAC